UAGUUUUUCUUUCACAUCAUUUUGUCGCGGACGGGGAAAAUUUUUGGUCGCAGUGAAAUUGAUAGUUUUUUGUUUUGUGAAAUUCUAAUUGGAAAUUAACAAGAACUAAAUAAAAUCAACUAACAGUGUUGAAUGCAGAUUGUGCAUUACCACUGCUAGCGACGGCCAAAAGUAGCCGCACCGCAGACAGUUUCUGGCAAAUCGCUCACCAAGUCACAGCGUAUAACCAAAGCGAAUUUAAAUAGAAGCAACAAACAUGUCUUCGGCUACACAGCACACGGGCAAUCAGCCGGUGGCGCAACAGAAUGGUAAACAGCAGCCAAAUGCAGCCAACGUAGGUGGCACAACCGCCACCAACAACAACAUACACGACAAAGUGGCCGGCGGCAAUGGGGCAGCGGGCAAUGGCGCUGGUGGUGCGAACUCAGACACGCCAUCACAACAAAGCCCCACCAAAAAGACAGGUCUCUCGACCAAAGAACGCGUGAUUGACAGUGUGCCCUUUCCGCCGAGUCGCAAACUAACAGUGGCCGAUGUAUUUGAUGCACGCACCGGUAAGCCACAACAUGACGUACUUAAGCAACAUUUCAUACUCGAGGGACGCAUCGAGGAGGCCGCCGCUUUGCGUAUUAUACAAGAGGGCGCCGCUUUGUUGCGCCAAGAGAAGACCAUGAUCGAUAUCGAGGCACCGGUAACAGUGUGUGGCGACAUACAUGGUCAGUUCUAUGAUUUAAUGAAGUUGUUCGAAAUCGGCGGUUCACCCGCCUCCACCAAGUAUCUCUUCCUGGGCGAUUAUGUGGAUCGAGGUUACUUCAGUAUUGAGUGUGUUUUGUAUUUGUGGUCAUUGAAAAUCACAUACCCGAAUACAUUAUUCUUACUGCGUGGCAAUCACGAAUGCCGACAUUUAACAGAGUACUUCACUUUCAAACAAGAGUGUAAGAUCAAAUACUCGGAACGUGUUUAUGAUGCAUGCAUGGAGGCGUUCGAUUGUUUACCGCUUGCGGCACUAAUGAAUCAACAAUUUCUGUGUGUCCACGGUGGUUUGUCACCGGAAAUCCACGAACUCGAGGAUAUACGUCGUUUGGAUAGAUUUAAGGAGCCACCAGCUUUCGGACCUAUGUGCGAUUUGUUGUGGUCAGAUCCGUUGGAAGAUUUUGGAAAUGAGAAAAAUUCCGACUUCUAUACGCACAACUCCGUGCGCGGCUGUUCGUAUUUCUACAGUUAUGCAGCAUGCUGUGACUUUUUGCAAAAUAACAAUCUUUUAUCGAUUAUACGUGCACACGAGGCGCAGGACGCCGGCUAUCGCAUGUAUCGCAAAAGUCAAACCACUGGGUUCCCAUCGCUAAUUACCAUCUUCUCGGCACCGAAUUAUUUGGAUGUGUACAACAACAAAGCGGCGGUGUUGAAAUAUGAAAAUAAUGUAAUGAACAUCAGACAGUUCAAUUGUUCUCCACAUCCUUACUGGCUUCCCAAUUUCAUGGACGUAUUUACUUGGUCGUUGCCGUUCGUAGGCGAGAAAGUGACUGAGAUGCUGGUGAAUGUAUUGAAUAUUUGCUCGGACGAUGAACUCAUGACCGAGGAGAGUGAAGAGCCGUUGUCCGAUGACGAAGCGGCGUUACGCAAGGAAGUCAUUCGAAAUAAGAUACGUGCCAUCGGUAAAAUGGCACGUGUCUUCUCAGUGUUACGUGAAGAAUCUGAGUCGGUACUGCAAUUGAAGGGACUCACACCAACCGGUGCACUGCCUUUGGGCGCACUAUCCGGUGGCAAGCAGUCGUUGAAGAAUGCGAUGCAAGGCUUCUCGCCCAAUCACAAGAUCACUUCGUUUGCCGAAGCCAAGGGUUUGGAUGCUGUGAACGAGCGCAUGCCGCCGCGACGCGACUCGACGCCAUCGCCCGCCGAGGAGGGACAAAAGUCGUUGUCGGCUGCCGCUGCAGCAGCGGCGAAUGCCAAUGCCAACGCCAAUGCGAAUGCAAUCAAUGGAUAAUUCUAAGUCCGUAGUGUUUUAGUAGCCAUGUAUGUCUGUAUUUAGCCUAAGCGGCCGAUUGCAACGUUACGUUUCAUAAUAACAUUGUGUUUGUUGUACUACGGGUAAUACAUAUAUACGAGUAAACGAGCGGUCUAGCCACCCAGUCACGAGUGGUGCAAAUAUUUGAAGAAGCGAUGAAAUGAGCGUAACUCUUAAGUUAAGAAACAAUUCAAAAGUUGAAAAGAAUGAAAUAUCAAAAUACAAAUUGAAUGAAGCGUGGAGUUGUGUCAAAAGUAUAACAGAAGAAAAAGAAGAAGAAGAAAAUAUUAAACAUAAUUAAAUUAAAUAUAAAUGAAAACAAAAGCAGAAAAAAGGAAAUGAAAGAAGUACAUAGAAAAUUUAAUAAAUAUCUCGUCGUUGUUAUUUCAUCUCGUCCUACUUUCGAUGCACGGUCGGUCGUACGCUAAUUUCUUCAAUGUAACUGAAACUGUGAACGCAUGCGUCGGCGAUGCACAAUUGCAUUGGUGAUCCGUGCUAUAAUGGUAAUAUGUUGUAUUUCCCGUUAGUAUGUAAUACGAACAGUUCAAGUGCAUACACGCCCGCCCGACACAUAGCCAUAAGCAUGGAUGUAUUUGUUUCGGACAGGAGGGCGUGUGUGUGCAGGAGGGAGCUUCACGCAUUGUUGGCGUCGGCGCCGUGCACACUCAUCUGGUGAUCGUUUUGUGGUCUUAUACGUGCCAUCUUCAGUAUAGUCAUACAUACAUACAUACAUAUGUAAUUGCUGCCUUUAUUCGUUCUGUUCGCUCGGUCCUACAUAUAAAUACAUAAAUAUUUUAUCUAAGUCAUAUGUGUAUGCAUUUUCCAAAAAUGCCUAACAAUUAGAAGAAUAAACGUACUUGUAAAGCGAUUUAUUGAUUGUAAAAAAAUAUAUAUAUUUUAGUUAACAUGUAGUUAAAGAAAUAGUAUGUGUACACCCCGUUAAACUGGCAGGGAUGUUGUUGCUAAAAUUGAUUACAUACAUACAUACGUAGUAUAUAUGUAGUAUCUAUAAGAUACAUAUAUACAAAUUUUCUACUUUCUAGCGCUUGCGGAGCGAAACAGUGCAUACUCUCGUUAUAAGAAGUUUGUCCAACGGCACUCACUACGCUCUAUACAUGUAUAACUGCAUAUUGCCUAACUCUCACACACUAUCUCUCUCUCUCUCUCUCUCUCUGUAUCUAUCUAACUCUCAAUUACUUAGACCGAGCCGAAAAAGAAUCUCGAAAUAAUCAUAAAGCUUAGCAAUUUUUAUUUUGGUAUUUUUAUAAUGAUUACAUGUAAUCUAUAUUGAUCUACAAAUUAAUAUUUACAAAUACUAUGCAUAAUAUGAAUAUAUGAAUAAAGAAUGAUUGUUAACCAAUUGUGUGCAGAUCGCAUUAAAAACUGUUUAGUUAAUUGUUAAUCAAUGAAUAGAGACUAUCAUUUUUGGUUUUGUAUAAUUUUCUUUCUAUGUAAGCGAAAUGUAACUAUCUACUAUAAGAAUUUAAUGAAAUUUUUCUUAAAUAAUAUUACAUUUACUUAUAACUGAAAUGUGAAUUUACAAUUAAGAUUAAAGCUAAAUAAAUAAAUAAAAUCAAAUAAAUAAUAAAUGAAUAAGUUAAAUACAACAAAAAUACAAAAAAAAAAAAUAUUUGCAAAACAAAGAGAAUAUGUUGAAACUAUCAACGCAAUCAGCAAAGCAAAUGCUAAGUUAAUAAAAACAAAAUACAUGCAUACAUACUUUUUCAUUAAUUCAUAAUUAUUAAAUAUAAAUAUAAAACUUAUAGCAAUUUGAAGUACUUUACAUUAUAGAAAUACGUACAUAUAACUUUAAAUAUCGCCCAAAGUACAGCAAAGAUAUAACAGUUUAAACCCAUUGCACGAAUACACAAAAUUAUCCAGAGACUUUCGGCAUACAAGCGCUGCAAAAAGUUUUUUUUGAGUUUACAAAAAAAAUCUAAGUGUCUGGUUUUUCGCAAAUUUUGUUUAAUAUUGUUAAAUUUUUAUUUUGUUAUUGUCAAAAAUCACGAGGUGUACGCAGGCAAAAGAAUGCAGUUAAGUUAUCGUUAUCGACUUUAAUAUUUUUGUUUUGUUUACAAUUCGUUAAACAAAUAGCAAUGUAUUUAAUUAAAAAUUUUUCAAUUUGCUAAUUUACGAGCUACUUAAAUUAGUUUUGAUUUAUGAAUAUAUUAAUUGAUGGCACUCAUAAAUCUUGAUCGUAAGUUUGAUAAAGCAAUAUGGCAAGAAAUGUUGUUGCGAUAACACAGCUACGUAUAAGGUUAGGUUGUGAUCAGUGAUAAUUGGAUACAAAUUUUUUUGAAUUUUGUUAUUGAUAAUAGCUUUAGAGAGUGAAAUUUAAAUAAAUUUUGUAUUAAUUUUUUUUUUUCUAAAUUGGCCCAAUUUAUUUUCAAAGAAACAUUUUAUAAAUUCAAUUUGUGAACAGUGAUGAUUGACUAAUAAAUUUUCGCAAGUUUUGUCUGUCCAAAUAGAAUACAUAAUUACUUUAGCCAAAGUAAUUUUAAUAGUUUUAUUUAUUUAUUUUCUUUCUAAAUUAACGUAAUUUGUUUUUCAAAAUAUUUAAAAAUUCUUUAGAAAUUGUUUUUUUUUUUUGGAUCACGAGUAGAAAAGUUAACGAUGCAUUUCAGAUUUAACUAAUGAGCGAACAAACUGCAAUGAUCAAUUUCAAAUAAAUUGAUUUGCGAAUCGAAAAAGUAAUGGAAAAACUUAUAGCCAGCAGUAAAAGAACAGAGCUAAAAUUGUUUGAGACAAAAUUUUUAUUAAUUUGUUCAAAAGUAGAAGUUUCGGGUUUGAAAACUUAACAAUAUUGUGACAGAGAUACUACAUUUCUUGGUACAUUUAUUAUUAUUUUUUUUAGAUCGCGAGUAGAAAAUUUAACGCUGUACAUAUGUACAUAAGAUAAUCGAUGAUCAAUGUCAAAUAAAAGUAAAUUAUAAAACUUAUGAAAAGGAGUAAAAGAACAGAGCUAAAAUUGGUUAAAACAAAUAUAUUUUUUUUAAUUUGUUAGAAAGUAGAAAUUUCGAGUUUUUAAACUUAACAAUAUUGUGAUAAAGAUGAUAAAUUUCCUUUCUUCAAGAUAUUAUCUUUAAAAGUACCAUGAAGGAGUUCUUACAUUUCAUUUCCAAGAAAUCUAAUCUCAAUAUUUUCGUUACGUAAAUAUAGUAAUUUUGCAUAUUUAAUGAAAAUUUCCAAGGAAAAGUUUAUAUUUGUUUUCUGCUAUACAUUACUUACACAUGAUGGAUCAUUUGUUCACUACAUAUGAAUAAUAAAAUAAUAUUUAACUAAUUUAAUGCCUCAAAAUUUAACAUUUGUAUUAAUUACGUUUCCAAUUUAACGGAAAAACAUAUUUUCAUUAAUUUUCAAAUAUUUUUUCUUUUUUACCGUUUUUAUAGCAAAAAGCAGCUGUGAAAGUCUCUAUAGUAAAGUAAAACAACAAGUAAUUCAAACACAUAAUAUCAAAAUAUAGCAUACAUACAUACAUACAUAUAUAUAACAAAUAUACAUAUUAGGAAAUUAUUAUGAAAAAGUGUGUAUUCGUCAGAGAAUGUUGCGAAAAAAGAGUCGCUUAAGCAUCAAGCGUAAAAACUUAUACACAAAAAGGUAGUUUGAGUGAGGGAACCCAUAUAUUGUGAGAAAAAUAAAAUCGAGAACGCCAUAAAUAAAAAAAAAAACAAAAAUUGCAAAGUAGCAGAGAGCACAUCUUCAUUUCUAGAUAAAUCUUAAAAAUUUUUCAAUUUUAUUGUAAAAGUUACAUAUUAAUUACGUAUAUCGUAAAAAAAUAAACAAAAAUAACUUAAUAACAAUCCAAAUCAUAUUGCAAAGCAUUAAAAAGUCAUGCAAAAAGGAAUAAACAAUUAUUAUAAAAACAACAAAUAGCAAAACCAAAAGAAAACAAAAAAGAAAACAAAAAAAUAUUUGCGAGCAAGAAAUUACCUUUUAACGGUAUACAAAUCUUAAUGCAAUCCCUUAUAAAAUUUUUAAAAAUUUAAGUAACAAAACCAAA